AUGGAUAAUUAUUUCACAAUAAUCAGUUUGCUUGGUUUGAGAAAUCAGAAUUUACCACCAUUCAGAGAAGCUCGUUUAAAGCGUUAUAAAUCAAUAAAGAAAAUGGUGGAAUUGAUUGAAACAGCAGGAUGGACUCAACCAAAGGUACCAUUUAAUGCCUUCUGUCUCAGUUCAUAAGACCCUGAAUGGGAAGAUGACAUGACUUAUCCUGUAAUCGAAUAUAAUAAGUUUGGAUACUAAGCAUUGGCAUUUGGAAUGAAUUUGUUCCUCUAUGCUUACAAUUACAAUGUGAUAACACAAAACAUUAGAUUCAGAACAUUUAGAUACCUCUUCCCAGUUGUAUAAUGUGUGAUCUUUAGCAGAAUAUAUUUCGAAUACAAAUCAGAACUCACUAAAGUGAACUUGUUUGAUGAGUAUGUUCAAUUGAGAGCAUAAGAAUUGGUAAAAGAAAAUGAAUUUUUAUUGGAACAUGAAGACAUCAAAAGAUUUGUAUGGUGGUAUGAGGAUUACAAAGAAACCUUAUGCAGAGUUCACAGACAAGCAAAUGAUCAUGCAGCCACAGACUUCAAAGACUCAGAACUAAUCUUACAAGAUUUCAUUCGAAGAUACACUAAUCCAAACUCAGCUAGACCGCUCAACUAUCAAGAGAAGGGAGUCUUGUUCUGA